AUGGAUCAUACUAACAUUAUCGACACCGACGAAGCCGCAUGCGCGAUGGCUGCGGCCUCUCAAGGCAAGAGCAAAGGCAAGGGUAGGAAGAAGGCGACUGAAACCCGCGCGAGCGGUCCCAUAAAGCCGACGAAGACGACCAUGGAACCAACGAAGGCAAGGUCAAAGACCCCGGUAAGUCCAACAUCGCCUACAACUCCCACCUUGACGCAGGCUUCCGCAUCCAUGUUCUAUGAGGCGAAUGGCUUGAAGAUUCCGCUCUAUAGUCAAAACGGCCUGGGUAACAAGAAGAGACCCAACGCUCGCUUGUCCAAGACUCUUCUCAAAUACAACACAGACGAGCUACUCGAUAUCGUUGGGCAGUAUGCAGGUACAGAUAAGAGACAAGAGCUAAAGAAUAAGGGACUAGCAAAGACGAUGCUUGCAAACUGGAUUGAAGAGAAGGAAACACUUGCUCUUGGACGCAAUCCGAAAUCGGAACUGUCUUUUGCAGAUGAUCAAGAAAAGGUCGAGCAAUCCGAUGAUGUCGCUUCCUUCCUAGCAUCCACUACCACAACAUCUUCUAGCCCAAAUACUAAGAAGCAUACCGCUACAACUCCCGCCUUCAACAGCCAAGGAGAUUCUCCGCCAACCUCGACCAAAGGCGAUGAUACAUUCGUUCAGCCCCGUCAGCGGAAGAGGAGCGCACCUGGUAGGUCACGGGACGAUCAACCACCCGCGAAGUUACAGAAGCGUGAUAUAACAACAAACCUGAGCACUGAAGAUAUUGAGAAUUUGGGUAAGAAACGCUCGAUAGACAAGCCGUUCGACGACGUUAUACCAACGCCCUCGCAAACGAACGCGCAAACAGCCGCGUAUAACGACAGAGAUCAUGAUACAUACCCUCAGAACCCUUUCUUCAACAGCACUGGCAUGAAUCCAUCUGAUCCCGACCGCUCUUCGAUGAUAGUCCGGGGCGAUGAUGAAGAUCGUGUGUUGACUGCUACUUCUCAUGAGACGUUUCGCGGGCCCGUGACAUACCUCUUUGAGACAACAAUACCCCACAAUGCUCUCAGCCCCCCUUCAGCAAUUUCUCCACCUCCCAUUCCAUACUUGAAGAACGGAUUACAUGGUCGCAACGGCGAUUUUCAAGACGACCCCGACCGCCGCACAGGUGUAGGCCAUCAGAUCGAACCAGAAGACCAACUCAAGUGGGACGAAUACAAGAACUUCCACGGCACAAUCUACCAACAGUUUUCACACUACCCAGCCACGGUUACAGCUGAGAUGAAGAAGGCAUGGAACCAAUGGCAUAGAUGGUAUGGUGAUUUCACGAAGAAGUAUCCUGGAUACGCGGUAUCUCACCUUUGGCCUUACAUCUGCACUGACUUUAAUCCCAAGGCCUCAUUACUCUGGUACUCCAGUAAUACAACACCCCGCUACGAUGAAAACUCCACUUACCUGGCAUAUAUUCCCUCCCAAAACGAUCUUUCUCCUAAUCUCAUCACAUCUUCUCUCCAAACCGCGAUCAUCAAGUUCUCAAGCAAAUACACGAAACAGAUCACUCAAAACAAACUCUACGACAUCAGAAAAGCUACUGCAAUGUCUACUUCACUCAAACGCACUUCCGAAGAAGCGGGAGCACAACCCAUAAGCAUGCGUUCGAACAAAAAGCCGUGUCUCUCGCUCGAAAUACCAGGAAAAGAGAUUUCCAAAGAGGAGGACAAAACACCCAAGACGCGAGCAGCUACCGCAGAGCGACGGGAACACAAACUCAAACGGCCCUUCCCAAAGAAAAGGGAGGAGAUCAAGGACCCAAACAAAAUGAAGCUCACGAGACACUACACUACAAACGAUCCUACGCCGCUAUCAAAACUACCCAUCAUAAGACCACCCAUCGCAAGAUCUGCCCGCGUCGACAAACUGCUAGAAAGCCUCUCAGUCCCAGAUCCUACCAAAAAUGCAGACGACACCAAAAGAAUCCGACUAGCGACACAAACUAGGCGCGACGAGAGGCAGAAUGAGAUGUUAAAGCAAAACAAAAGCAUCACAGAGAGCGACUACGCCAUCAGACUAGCAUGGUCUUGCUUCUCGUCCAACGAGAAAAAUCGAGUGGGUCGGGAGCGCAUGGGGAUGAUGAUAUCAGGCCUUGAAUGGGACGACCUUGCGAAUGAGAGGAAAGGCGUACCGAACAACUUGCCCGAGUGGAGGAAAACGAAUACAGGCCGGUUUACCAAGUCAGAUUUGCCGUGUGAAUGA